CUUUUCCAUUAUUUAUGAUAACUUUCACUUUGUCUCACUCUACACGCAUCGUCAUAUUCAUAUACAUAAAACAUUAAAACUCUCAAGCAAAAUACAAAACCCUCCCCACACAAUCAAUCAACAAACAAACACUCUCAAAUAAUGUCAACAACAACAACAAAAUCCACAACCUGUAACGGCGAAAUAGAAGAAGAGUUGAAGAACGCGUUGUCGUUCAAGCAAUUCGACGUCGUUUCAGACGACUCUGACCACCACUACCUCCACUCCCACAACAACAACAACAACAAAAAGGACGGUCGAGAUUGCAUCAUCGCACCAUCCAGUCAGGCCCACAAGAAGAUCGUUCAAGAGUGGCGAAUCCUCGAGAAAAACCUCCCAGAUUCGAUCCUCGUACGCGUGUACGAGAAUCGUGUCGAUCUCCUAAGAGCUGUAAUCGUAGGCGCCGCGGGUACACCGUACCACGAUGGACUCUACUUCUUCGACUUCUCUUUCCCACCCGAUUACCCGACCCGACCGCCCCAUGUCUACUACCGCUCUCACGGGCUGCGACUCAACCCGAAUAUGUACGCUAAUGGGAGAGUGUGUUUGUCACUGCUGAACACGUGGACUGGGAAGAAGAGCGAGAAGUGGAACCCGAAUGAGUCCACUGUGUUGCAAAUCUUGGUCUCGAUCCAAGCUUUGGUUCUGAAUGAAAAACCGUAUUUUAACGAACCGGGUCACUCGAUGUUGGGUCGGGCUAUAUGGGAAAAGAAGUCACAAGCUUAUAACGAGGAUGUUUUUUUGUUGUCGUGUAAGACAAUGUUGUUUUUGCUUCGAAGGCCACCGAGGAAUUUCGAGGUUUUCGUGGGCAACCAUUUUCGAGAUCGAGCUGAUUCGAUACUGAGAGCUUGUAUUGCUUAUAUGGAUGGGUUUGUGAGAGUUGGGUACUAUGAGAAUAACAAUGAUAAUGAUGGGUCGUCGUCAUCAUCAUCAUCGAGUGUGGAAGUGUCUGAUAGAUUUAAAGCUUCAAUGGAGAAGUUGUAUUCGGAGCUUUUGAUUGCGUUUCAGAGAUGUGGAGCUUCAGUGGGGAAUUUCGUCGAACGGUUGAAGGUCGAGAAGAGAACGACGCCGUCAAGGGCUCCUCAAGUGGCUGUGAAAAAGAAGAAGAAGAAGCAGCCUGGGAUUGCGAAGAAAGUGAUUUGGAAAUUAAAGAAGGUUUUGGGAGUCGGAAAAAGCAAAGCAGGUGUGGGGGCAAAUGGAAUAGUGGGGACUUAAUUGGGAUUUUAAUUCUCUCUGUAGGGGCACUUUAGACAAGGUAAAAUAUAUAUAAGACUUAACACUUUCAUUAAAGGUUUUUCUUUAGGUCUUGGAUGAUGAUUAUGCAACAUAAUUUACUGACAGGAACAAAAUUUGAUGCUUUAAUAAAA